AAUUGUGUGGACGUUUAGAAGCGGCGAAAGUGAAAUUAUAAUCUGCGAAUUUUUUAGCUUUUUAUAUGAAAUAAUGUUUUUUGCUUAGCAAAUUAGUAAUAUUUUGUAUGCAAUGAGCGCUCGUUAAGCAAUAUUUUAUUUAUAUUAAAUUAUUUAUGGAAAAAUCAUGAGAAACAUUAAUAUAUAAACCAGUGUGCGCUUAGACUUUCAGACUUUAGCUUUUUGAGCUCAAAAGCGGCGCGACCACGUGUACAGCAGCAGACUCAUUGGAGUGAGUACGUGGUGUGAGCGAACACCCCUCCAAAAUAAGAUUUUAAAGCACUCAGCAAGCAUUUUGAACGCUUAGUGAGCGCUACAACUUAUUUACAUACACACAAACAUUGACAAAAGGUAACAACUUUCGUAUACGAAAUGCAAAUUUUGUCUACGUUGACAAACUGAUAACGCACAGGGGUGCGCGCGUAAGCGAGUGAAUGCGCCACGCUGCCGUGUAGUGAACCCAACAGGAAAUAACCAGUGAUAAGUGUUAAAAGAUAGUGUGAAAACAACAGCAACAAAGUUUCAUUUAACUAGUAAUUUACUAAACAUAAGCAAAACAGCAAAACUUUAACGGUAAAACACAACAAACAGCUGUUGAAAACAGAGAGCUAGAGCGGCAGUGAAAGCAUUUGAGCAUAUCUAGCGCAUAACGCGUGGCGGCUGACGCAAUAGCGCGUCCGAAUUGCCGGUAAAAAUAAAGUGGCGAUAGAAACACGAAAGUCAAAACAAAAAGGAGGCAAAAAUAGCAAGCAAUCUGCAUAAGAAACAAGAAAAACAGCUAAAGUAAACAAAAAAUCAGCUUAAGAAAACACGAAGCACACGCAUGCGCUACAAAACACGGAAGCACCAUAAACAACCCUAAGAAACGUCUUCAAAAGUAAGGAAGCAACACAAACAAAACCUACACACACAACUCAACCUACCUCGUAGAGCACUUUACACUACGCUACUCUACUAUUUUCUAAGCUACUCUCUUUCCUCACGUGAAACAACUCAAAUUGAGUUAAACCUAUUUUAAAUAUAAACAAAAAAUCAAAAAUAUUUCACACCAUGGCACGCAUACAGGCCAGUGAUAAUAUCGUACCUCGUCACAUCUUCGAUACACCUGUCAAUUCGACCGCCGAUGUAACUGGCAACGCGCUGCACAAUCACUCAACCGACAGCUCGAGUCAAGGAUCCGGUGUUAAGCUUAAGAAACAAAUCGGUUUGCUCGAUGGUGUUGCCAUAAUUGUGGGCGUCAUUGUUGGCGCUGGCAUAUUCGUCAGUCCCAAGGGGGUGCUCAUCUACUCCGGCUCGAUUGGUCAGUCGCUGAUCGUUUGGAUAUUGUGCGGCGCAUUGAGCAUGGUUGGUGCGCUCUGCUAUGCGGAAUUGGGCACUAUGAUACCGAAAUCCGGCGGUGAUUAUGCAUAUAUUGGCACAGCGUUCGGACCAUUGCCCGCUUUCCUGUAUCUGUGGGUGGCGCUACUGGUGCUCGUGCCCACCGGCAAUGCCAUAACGGCGCUCACAUUCGCACAAUAUUUGCUGCAGCCAUUUUGGCAGUCCUGCGACGCGCCCAUAGCCGCGGUACAACUGCUGGCAGCGGUGAUGACAUGUAUACUAACUGUCAUCAAUUGCUACAAUGUACGUUGGGUGACACGCGUCACUGACAUCUUCACCGGCACCAAAGUAUUCGCGCUGCUUGUUAUUGUUGCCGCUGGCGCUUGGUAUCUCUUCGCCGGUCAUACCGAACAGUGGGAUGAACCGAUGCGCGGCACUUACACAAAACCCGGCAUGAUAGCGCUGGCCUUCUACAAUGGACUCUUCUCAUAUUCUGGUUGGAAUUAUUUGAAUUUUGUCACGGAGGAGUUGAAGGAUCCCUAUAAGAAUUUACCGCGUGCCAUUUGUAUUUCCAUGCCUGUGGUGACACUCAUCUAUGUGGUGACCAAUAUCGCAUACUUCUCGGUGCUCUCACCCGAAGAGAUGUUAUCAUCGGAUGCCGUCGCUGUGACGUUCGGAGAUAAGAUGCUUGGCUUCAUGUCCUGGCUAAUGCCAUUCUUUGUGGCCUGCUCCACGUUUGGUUCGUUGAAUGGUGCCAUAUUUGCUUCGUCACGUCUCUUCUUCGUUGGCGCACGUAACGGUCAUCUGCCAGCGGCCAUUUCACUCAUCAACGUCAAUUGUUUAACCCCAGUGCCCUCGCUGAUAUUUUUGUGUGCCAUUACCCUGGUGCUGCUCUUCAUCAGAAACGUCUAUUCGCUCAUCAACUAUGUCAGUUAUGUUGAGGCGCUCUUCACACUACUCUCAGUGUCGGGCUUAUUGUGGUUGCGUUAUAAGCAGCCUAAGACCGAACGACCUAUCCGCGUCAAUCUCGUGCUACCUGUACUCUUCCUGCUGACCUGCUUAUUCUUAGUGAUCUCGUCCGUUUUGGAGUCACCCGUCGAAGUGGGUAUUGGCACCGCAAUUAUACUCUCUGGCAUACCCAUCUACUACCUGACGAUACAUCGACCUGUCAAGUGGCUAACGAAUCUGUCACAAGCGAUAAAUCUCUGGUGUUCGAAAUUCUUUAUUUGUAUGCCGAAUCAGGAAAAGUUCGAUUAGUUGCUAAGCUUAAAAUACUAAAUUAGUUUUAUAAUAAAAUCAAGUCCACGCAAGCGGCGAAUGCAUAUACAAAUUGUGACACUAUCUAGGGAUACAUAUGGAACAUAUAGUCGAUGCUUUAGGUAUAUUGUACAGCCUAUAAGAUAUACAUAUAUAUUUAACUAGAAAUACAGUGCCUAAAAUAGGCCAUAGUAUCAUGUAUGUGCCUUCAAAAAACCAAUUUUGAAAGUUAAAGGUCGUUCUAAAUUGAUAUUGCUCCAAAAUUGAAUGAAUAUAUAAAUAACAAGCUCAUAUAUUUGUAUAAGAUUUGUACAAAAGUAAACUCAAAUAGAAUUUAAA